AUGGCUUGCCGGCUCCCAUGUAUCAUCGGCUUUGCUGUACCCAGCCCAUCGGACGCGAUACUCAAGGCCUUGCGGCGUGGUACGGGCCAAUACAAUGCGGUCGACGUGGUAUUCCUGUGUGUCGUCGCGGACGUCUUGUACUGGGUGACGCGCGUCAGACGGCCACGGCGCAGGGCGAGAUCGUGGAUUGGUGGUGGAAAGGACUGGCUCGAGCAAGCUGACGUGAAACACCGGCCAGCAACGGUAGCGUGCGGGCAGUUGCAGGCGGUACGCCGAUCGACCAACCCUUGCUUGGACCGGGAAUGGGCCAAUAA